AACAUCCCCUUCUCUUUCGCUUUCUCUCUUCUCUCCCAUUAACCUCUCUCUCGUUUUCUCAUAAUCUCAACUUAAUGCCGUCGGAACCAAACCAAACCCGAGCCACCAGAGUUCAGCCCUCAACGGCGGCUUACCCACCGCCAAAUCUGGCUGAACCUCUCCCAUGUCCUCGCUGCAACUCCACCACCACCAAGUUCUGUUACUACAACAACUACAACCUCGCUCAGCCUCGUUACUUCUGCAAAUCUUGCCGCCGUUACUGGACUCAAGGUGGUACACUCCGUGACGUCCCCGUCGGCGGUGGAACUCGCCGAAGCUCCUCAAAACGUCACCGCUCUUUCUCCACCACCGCCACUGUCACCUCCUCGUCCUCCUCUUCUUCCGUCAUCACCACGACCAAAGAAGCAGCCACAAGUGAGACGAAGGGUAGUAAUGUAAUUUCAGGUCAUGGAAGCUUUGCUUCUCUGUUGGGUUUAGGAAGUGGAAAUGGUGGGUUGGAUUACGGGUUUGGGUAUGGGUACGGGUACGGGCUUGAGGAUAUGAGUGUUGGGUAUCUUGGAGACUCCUCCGGAGUAGAGAUUCCGGUGGUUGAUGGUGGUGGUGGUGACACGUGGCAGAUUGGGGAGAUUGAAGGUAAAAGUGGAGGAGACAGUUUAAUAUGGCCUGGUCUUGAGAUCUCAAUGCAAACCAACGAUGUUAAGUGAAAAUGAAACCGUUUCUGAUGU